AUGGUAUGCUAGAACUUGCUCAUUUGAAAGAAAUAUUUUCAGACGUUAGGUUCGGAAGCCAAAAAUCAUGGUCAGAGGGGUCUUGUCUUGAUAGAGUGAGUUGGAUGGCUUUUUCGAGUUGGUAUAUCAAAUUUCAGGGACCUUUCAAACGGAAAAGAACGCUUCGCCGUUCCAGUUCUGUUGAGCCCUCGCCAAAAAGUCGACCCGGCCGUUUUUGACUACUUCCGCUACUCGCCGCGGAUCGUGGACGCAAAGAAAAUCAUCCAAACGCAACACAGUCCCUCUGGCACCGGAUUUGUAAGCUUCUCUGAAAUGCGGUCUUUUCCAAAGAUUUUCAGGACUGCUCCUGCCAAGGGACUUGUCUUGAUGAAUUUGGGUGUGACUGUUCGUCUAGAGUUUACGGCAAAGGUAUGGAUCUCAUAUGAAACAACGGCUGAAAAAAUGCAUUGUUUUUCAAAAUCUCAAAACCGCGCAAGGCUUCACCGGGCCUUGACGUGUUAUUUAGAUGUGUGUAGAACCGACAUUGCUCUUGGAUUUUUAUUAGAGCAACUCAGCACCGCCAGUUGGUAUGCGUGCUGAGCGCAAGAGUGACAAUACGAGUAGGCGGCGUGCCAUUGGCACGCCUACAUGAUAGCAGAGGUGGAGGAUGGCUGUCCUCUGGCCGCCCUGCAUGCCAAGCCAUAAACGCCCAAAAGGCAGAAAUGACUUUUUCAAAAGUCAGCGUGGCGCGACGGUCAUUUGUAUGGCGAUAUCGCCCUAGCAUCUAGAAGCGCUUGUUUUGAGCGAUGUAUGAAACUUUUUUACUAAAACACAAAAACACGAAAAAAUGGUGGUAGGAAAAACAGAUCAGCGGAAACUCGAACGGCGAUUUUUCUGACUUUUUCAUAUCGCUAGAGUCUGUUCAGAUUUUGAAUGUCAAGCAGCUAACUCCACCCCCAAGGCUACAAUAUCCUUCGCGUCAAUGUUUUAUCUACAGAUGACGAUGGCCCUUUAAUAAGGCUGCAUUUUUGACUUCUUUUUCUAUCUUUUAGAUCAAAAAAUAUCAAAAUUAGUCCCGCGCGAUAAAACAUCGACACGAAAAGGUACCGUCUCAGCAGGGGCGGAGUUAGCUGCUUGACAUUCAAAAUCUGAACAGACUAUAGGGAGCUUUCCGACGGAAAACAUUCCGACUAAUCCUUUUCAACUUUUUUGCUAAAUAAACUUUUCGUUUUGAAUCCUCCCAUAUAAAGUAGGUAUUCAUGAUUAAAACACAAAAAAGUAGACAAAAAAAUGUUUUAGGUACCGAAAAAUAAAAGGGAAAAAAGUCGGGAAGGUGGCCGUCGGAAAGUUCCCUAGCGAUUUGAACAUCUCAAAAUUUUUUUGUCGAAAUAGUUUUCUAGUGAGAUUGAAAAGGUAGCCUUUUGACCCGUUUCAGUGACAAUUCCCUGGUGAAAUAACUGUUACAGUAGAUUAAAAACGUUAACACGAAGUUGCGAAAAAAAAACAAUUCAAAAUUAAAAAAAAAAAACUGUUUAUUACAUCUUCAAUGUAAGAAUACAUGUGCAAUCGACUUUCAUUGAUUAUAACUGUGUUUAAACGGCGGCAGGAGCUGUGGCUUAGGCAGAGAAGAUGUGAAUUUCGCUCGUUGAACAUCAGGUACAAGAGAGGUCGUAAGAAGAAGUACGGUGCCGGCUUUCCAAAGGCCGAUGGCAGAGAUUGAGUCUUUUCGCUGCAUGCAGCUUCCAAUUUUAUCUACCCCGGAGGGAUAAAAGGCUUGGUCGACCUCGGGGGGACUCGAACCUACGACCUUGCGGACGUUAGAAAUGAGUUAUGCCAGCUGAGCUAUGCCGCCCCUUCAAUUCAAAAUUUACAAAAUUGAUAAUGAUUAGUUCAGGGCGUUAUCGCCACGUACUUGACCUAGUUGCCAAAUAUCACGUAAAUUAAUGGCUCAUUUCUAUCGUUUGGCUUUUUGGCUUGGCUUGGCCGCCAAGCCAAGGACUGCCUUCCCAAUCCUCCACCUCUGCAUGAUAGUACAUAUGGCAAUGAGGUCAGGUCAACUAGCGUCCUGUCACAAUCUUAACAGGGAGUCCUAGAAAUGCGGCUUCAUAUACAGCUAGCAUUUUUUUUUUAUAAGCUUCAUUAUUAUUCACCUGAUUUACAAUCAUUUUGAAAUAGGUAAUUUCAAAAGUUAUCAAAAACUGCAAGAGGAACAGAUUGCAGAUGGUAGAGUGAGCAACGUGAGCGUUCUGAUGAAGGCGACCGUCCGAGAAUGCAGUUCUUCUUGCGCCUGCGACUUGUGGUGUGGCAACCGCGUCGCGCAGAAAGGACCUUGUUAUCCAGUGGAGGUGGAAACUCGCAAGUCUUCUUCAUCACGUUAUCUCUUAGAUAUUCGCCAGAGACGCAAAGUGCGGCUGGGGAGUCCGAUCCUCGGUAGAUAUUCCUGAAGGCGCGUUUGUCGGCGAGUACACCGGGGAGCUGAUCAAUGACGAUGAAGCGGCUCUGCGGAAAGACAACACUUUCCUCUUCGAAACCGUCAUCGUCCGUGUUUUUGCUCGAAUUCUGACACAAAUCUGCUUCAGGGCAUGGAGACGUACACCAUCGACGCCAAGUUCUACGGAAACUACACUCGCUUCAUCAACCACAGCUGCGAGCCCAACGUCAAGGUCGAUUCACAAGAACCGCAAAUAUUGCCAUUUUAUGAACGUUCUCUAUCACUCGAAUCAAAUUUAUGAAAAAAAUUUCAAACGUCGCCAAAAAGAAAAAGAAAGAGUAUAUUUUUGCUCAAGUGAGAUGCGUUUGUUUUAACUUUUCGAUUGAGCUAAAAAUUACUUUAAAAAAACUGUCUUGCAAAACUAAAAACCUAAAGCCUAAGUCGUGUGAACUUCUUCGAUAAAAAAUGAUAUCGUUUUCCACAGGUAGCCAAUGUUUGCUGGGACGCCUGCCAAGACCAACUUGUACACAUGUGCCUCUUUUCCGUUAAAGAAAUUGAAACCGGAGAAGAACUAACGAUUGAUUAUGGCGACGCUUGGUGGAUCAACAAGGUACAUUUUACUCGAUAUUUUCAUUCCUUUCCGUUCAGGAUUUAUAGAAAAUCUUAUCUUAAUUUCGUUUGAAACUAUUCAUUUUCAGAAGUUCCCAUGCCUUUGCGAAUCGUCGAGUUGUCGGUACCGACCAUAA